UAUGGCCCAUCCAAGGGGCCUUGGAUCUGGUCGCAUGUAACCGAUUGCCGCGAACUUUUGAUUGAGGAUCUUGACUUCAUCAGAGGUGACGUGUAAUCAGAUUGCUACUCAAGCGAUAUUUCGGUCACUUAAUCAGUUAUAGUUCGACCAUAUGAAAACUGACUAAGAACAGCAGCUCCCAUCAAAAGACGGAUACCCAAAGCAUGCGAAGAAUGUCGUCGGAGAAAGCAGAAAUGUAAUGGUCUGACGCCAUGCAACGUCUGCUCUAGACGCGGCACUGAAUGCUUGUACCGAAACUUCUUCAGGCACAGAGCCUCUAAAGCUUCACACUCACCAAGACGUGGGAGGAAACGGACUGCUGAAGAGAUAGAAGACGAGCAGGAUGAUGAAGAGAGCCAUAUGACGCGUCCAGAAACGGCUUCUACCGACACGAGAGAGAUUGGAGAUGAUCCUUCAAAUAUGCCAAUCUUCAACAACAUCCGCGCUACUCACGCUCCACCAGAAAUACCGGCCUGCGUGCUACAGCUUUACUAUGGAUCCUCGUCAAACUUCUCGUUCCUCCAGCAUCUGCAUAGUCACCUUUCCACGGAACGUCCUCAGGCUGGUCAGUCCGAGGGACAGAACGAUGAAGUCCAGGACGGUGAAGCAGGGAUCGACACUUACAAAUAUCGAGGAAUUGUCUUUGAUAAUGUCUCCGAUCCUCGUCAACCAGCUCCCUUGUUCCUCCGAUACAGUCUCGCCAAAAGUUUUUUGGAUAAAUAUCUCACAACCGUGCACUGUUUCAUUCCCUGUCUCGAUGCAGAACAGUUGACCGCCAACUUCGAGCAACUGUACGGCACAGCCAACCCCGGCCACGUCGGAAUUGCCGAAAAAGCUCUCGUAGUAAUUGCUAUGGCCAUGGGCGCCCGAUCAACUGAACACGACUACUGGAGAAAGACGCUUCUCAAGCAAGCGCGUACUGAGGCGGAGCAGUUGCUUUACGUUGUCAACAUGAAGGCUGUCCAAGUUUCUCUGCUUCUUGCUCACUGCGAGUUCGGGGCUGGGCAUCCCAAUGCCUCACAUAUUUGCCUUGGCAACGCGGUCACAAAGUCCCUGGCAGCGGGACUUCACCGAGAGGGAAGUGCUCCUCAUCGAAGCAAUAACACCCGCUCCGAGGCAAGCUCAACCAUGUGGAAUCUGUUUGUCCACGAAAGCAUUAAUUGUUUCGUACUUGGAAGACCUUAUAUGUUGUCCCGAGAUGAUAUAGGAAUCCCGGCCCCGGAAAGACCAUCUGCGAUGGGGGCUAUUGUCCGGCUUUGCAUGAUCAUCCGCCGCACGCAUCAAAUGUACAAUCGCCACGACACUUCCAUCAAUGCUGGAUUGAGGUCAGCGUAUAGCAUCCGCCAUAGCCUCCUGAAAUUCUCCGCGACUGUUAAGGAAGAUUUGAAUAUCACAAUUGGCGGGACACCCGAUUAUACGAAUAGAGAGAUUCUCUUGUGGCAUGUCAUUUACUCUUACUUGUAUUAUUACACAAUGCUUCUUGCUUUUCGACCGUUUCUUCUAUUAUAUGUGCAGCUCAAAAAGCGAGCCGAGAUGGAAAGAGAUGAAGAAAGGCAGAAGUACUUUUCCAAGGAGUCUUUGCUUUUUGAAGCCGGCGAGUAUUGCAUUAGCGCAGCGAAAUCAACAGUCCUGUUUGCAGAACUAUUAAUCUCCUCGGACAUCAACCUACAGGCCCUAUGCAACCAUGGAUUCUUUUUGGAGACCGCAUGCUUCGUCCUCGUGAUGGCGGCAAUCCAUGACAAGCGCUCGUCGAACCAGCACAUAGCAUACAUAAGCCGCGGGCUCGAUACUCUCCGGAAACUGAUCCAACGAGAGCCGAUACGGAGCAUUGUGUCGGCGCUCGAGCAGAUGCUGCAAAAGGUCAAAGCGGCUGUGCCUCAAAAACCGCAAGUCACGGAAUUGCCAGUGGCUCAGGAAUCGCGCGAGGAUGUGGUUCGCAAUCAGCAUCAUCCAGAAGAAUCUUGGAUAGAGCUGCGGCAGCCAUUUAUGUCGCAUAAUCCACCUCCUGAUUUUGAGGCUUCUGGAGAGCCAGUCACUGGUGCUGAGGAUAAUUCUCUCGAUACGUCAUGGCCAACGAUAGAUUGGGG